UUUUAAUAUUCUCAUGUAGAUAUCUAUAGAUAUAGCAACUUGGACUCAUAACAAUCAUGGAUUAUUUGAUUAUGAAUCAAAAGAAUUGAAAACAUCAAAAAUAACUGUGAAAAACACAACAAACUUAAUUUUAAAUGGUACAAUUAUUAUUAAAAUAUUAUAAUAGAAGAUAAUCCUGAUACUAUUGUUUUAUCAGAGAAAAUUAGUUAAGAUUGUAUUGGUUCAAUAAGUUAUGAAGGGAAUGCUAUAUGUAAAUAUAAAAUGCAUUUUUUAGAUUUUAAAAGUAAUCCAGACUUUUAAGAUGCUUAUGUGAAAUUAGAUCCAAAAUAAAGAUAAUAGUUAUAGGUUGGCGAUCUUUUUAAAUUUGGAAGAAUGUAAUAUUAUAAUUUAUUAAUAAGGGAAUAUUUUGUAUCUGAAUUAAACAAUGGUGAUAAAAUAAUGAUGGCUGAAGAUCAUUAUAAUUUAGAUAGACAUAUUAAAUUAUAAAAGAAAGAAGAUCCAAGAUAGUGUAGAUUUUGUUUAAUGGAAGAAUAAGAAGUAACAGAAGAUCCAAAGAAUCCUUUUCUAUCUGAUUUGUGUAGUUGUAAAGGACUUAUGGCUUAUGUUCAUUUUGAAUGUCUUAAACAAUGGGUUAAUUUUCAAAAUAGAAUCUCAUGUAAAUAAACAUAAAAUACUGUUUAAUACCAUUGGAAUAAAGUUUUAGAAUGUGAUGUAAGUUAUUCAAAUUCAGAAAGGUUUGUAAAGACCCUCUUCCAGCUCGUGUAUAUAUUGAGAAUUAACCAGAACCUCUUUAAAUGAUAUAAGUAGAAAAAUUAGAUGGUCCCUACAUAAUUCUUGAAUAAAUCACAAGAUAAGAGAGUCUUUCAAAAAGUUUAACAUUUAUGCAUGCUUUUGGAACAUGUUCUGUAUCAAUAGGAAGAGGACAUAAUAGUGAAAUUAGAUGUCAAGAUAUCUCAGUUUCAAGAAAUCAUGCCAAUAUCUCAUAUGAAAAAUUCUGGUCUAUCUAAGAUUAAGGCAGUAAAUUUGGUACUUUGAGAAUCAUUCAGAACAAACUACAAUUACUAAAAGAUAUUUAAGAAAUCUAAGUUGGUAGAGUCUUGCUUAAAAUAAAAAUUAUAUGAACACC